AUACGCAUUAUCUUGUGGUCAUUUCUUUUUUUCCAUAUUUCUUUCUCAAGCUGAUUCUUACUUUAUUCGUUCAUUUACUCCAUGUCCACAGUACCGGAUAAAGCUUUACAACCUUCAGAAAUCAAUGGUGUAAAAAAGUCGCCGAAACCCACUAAAGUAGUACAUGAAAAGACACAGCACAUUGCCGACUUGAUAACCAGCGGCUCAUUAUCAGCAACACGCCCUAAGCGAUACCCAACAUCUAAACGGCUUCAUAGUCUCGAUACUGAUGAUGAAUUCAACAAAUGUUUUACAAAGAAAACACGAAGAGUUGAACUUCCAGCAUUUGCGUAUAAUCGGGAAAUCCCAGUAGUUCACGACAUGGAGUCGACCAGAUUCAAGGUUCGCACUAAAAACUUAAAGACAUCGUCCUUCACCGAAGAGUCUGUUAGCCGUGAGGCCAUUCUCGCUAAUGUCUGUGGCUACAACCCACAUCAACGUACGUUAUGUUAUACAUCAGACGAUACACCCGCCUUCCACAAUACUGAUCUUAAAAACAACAUCAUCGACCCCAAGAUCAUCUCUCGUAUGUCUAAGCUAAAGAACAGAAAUAUCGACUCGUCGCCCGAGAAUGUGUUGGAUGCACCAUUGAUGAAGGAUGAUUUCUACCUCAAUUUACUUUCCUGGUCCAAGAAGAACGUAGUUGCCAUCGGCCUGGACACCGUCGUCUAUCUCUGGAACGCUGAUAAUGAAGACAUUACCGUAUUGAAGCACGAUGCCAAAGAUCAGGUCAAUUCAUUAUCCUGGUCUGAAGACGGAGAAUGUCUUGCUGUCGGUAGUGGUGAUGGCAAAACAUUACUCUAUGAUAUUAAUGCAAAUGAAAAGGUUCGUACUAUGGUCGGUCAAGAAGAUGGUGUGGGUGCAUUGUCUUGGCACAAACACAUCCUUUCUUCCGGUGCCAACAAGACUGUCUUUGAUCGUGAUGUGCGUUUGAAACAACCUACCGUUCGAGAGCUUCAUGGACAUAAAGGACCUGUCUGUGGUCUAAGCUGGAACUCAGAUGGUCGUAUGUUGGCAAGUGGUGGAGCUGACAAUCUUGUGAAUGUCUGGGACAAUCGAAAGACAAAGUCUAUCUUUACUAUUGAUACUCAUACCAGUGCAGUCAAGGCCUUAGCAUGGUGUCCAUGGAAUCACAACUUAUUGGCAACGGGUGGUGGUAAAGACGACAAGAAGAUCAAUUUCUGGAGAAUUAACACCAAAACACGUACACAAACCAUUCAAUGCGACUCUCCCAUCACAUCCAUCCAUUGGUCUAGGCAUUUUCGCCAAUUUGUUUCUACACACGGACACCCUCAAAAUCAUGUCACUGUUUGGGAUUAUCCUUCACUUGAUAAGGUCAAAGAAAUUCCUGCCCAUGACGCUCGCAUCUUACAUUCACACCUUAGCCCAGAUGGUCAAGUAUUAGCUACCGCUUCACCCGACGAAAACUUGAAAUUCUGGAGAAUCUUUACGAAUACUGGUGAGCCAGAGUUGGUAGAAAAUGAAUUCCAAAUCCCCAAAAAGAAAGCCACACCAAAAAUACCCGUCAUCCGUUGAUCUGCCUUCCUCACUUACAUAGCAUUUCUUUCUCUUUACCAGUAAAAAAAUAAAUAAAAUAUGUGCAAAAAUGACUUUCAUGACCGUACACAGUCAAAUGAUCAAAUAGAUAGACAUUACAUCAGUAUUCAUCACGUAACAACAAAUUGUUGUUGUACAGCGUGGGCACACGAAUUAAAACACGC